CGAUUAUGUCGAGCACCUUGCUAUCACAUCUAGACAUUGUGAGUGAUAGAGAAGUACCUACCAGUCGGAACAUAUCUAUUCCCUAGACGCUUUAGCAAGAACUCCAUCUGGGCACCUCCCCCUCAGGCACCCAGGUGUACUCGGUUCUCUACCUGUCAUUGUCGUUGUCUUUACUACUGUUGUGCUAUUGUGGAGCAUCUCUACAGUAUUCCAACCUGCCUCUACGGAUGAACGCACCAUUCCUUCGUCAUGCGACAAAUUGCUCGAGCCUUUGUGGAUGCCUGUAGUCCUCGAAACCUCACGCACCACGAUCCGGAAGAUGAACCUACCAGUUGUCUUUCCACAGAACCUCAUGACACCACCGUCGAAGAUGCUGUCCAACACUACUUUGGAUGCAUCGAAAUAUGCGAUCGAGCCGAAUUCCUGAAGUCCAGUCACCCGCAUUGGGAGCACGAACGAAAGGUUCAAUAUGGCAAAUUCUACGCGGAACUAGCAAAGACCAUGGAGAGAUUCCCUGUUACCAACGACAACGACAAAUGGGAGAACCACUUGAAGACCGCCCAAGAGAAGCUCAAAAAAGCGGGUCACGCUGUUCCUGAUGGCGACCCCCUCACGAUCGAGUCUGUCUCCAAGGCAAGAGCCAACGAGUGGCUUGAAAAGAGAAUGGGAAGUGUGGCUAUUGCCAUCGAGGCUCAAUACAAGCGGAUAGAAAUCUUGCGGAACGCGCUCAGCAAGACUCCAGCCCGCCAAUCCAGGCUCUUUUCAGAUCAGCAGCCGAAGGCCGAGGAGGAGGAUAGUGUUGUAAGCCAGUUAAAGGACAGUCGUGCCAAGUGGAAGAGGUCAGAUCGCUUCAAACAAGGGAGCAAAUGGGUGCGUCAAUGGAGAAAAGAGAUGAAGGGUGGAAGUGAAGAUGAUGACAAUAACGGAUCCGACGAGCCUGGACGACAAGAAGUCAAAGAUCUUGCGAAAAAGCAACGCACAAAGAAAAACCCCCAAUCACAUAACGGCGGUCACUCCAAUCAGGAUUCCAGCAGCAGAAUGGCAGAAGACAACGAGAAGGACAGUACUGAAUAUCACCUUGAGCGAGAUGUCAAUGCCUACCUUAUUCAGUUCAGCACUGAAUACGACACAGACAGGCCGAGUCAAGAUUUCGAGUCUUUCCUGACGCCUAUUGACGAACCCUUAACUGAUCGGCGCUUCAAGGGCACUUUCCCAGACCAGCGCAUAUCCAUGAGCUUCCUCCUCGAUGAUGGAGUUAGUUGUGAACCAGAUUCCACUGAUAACCCUGAAUUGAGCACCCGUGAUCCGGAAGGCGAUUGGAAUAUUCUGUCAAGAAACCGAUGCACGAAUGAAGAUGGUUCAGGGCCGCCAAAAAGGAUCCGAUACUUCCACAUCCCAUCAAAUAAUAUGGCAUGGGUGGAGAAAGCGAUUGCCAACUACUACGAAACCAAAACACCAGAUCUCAAUCGUAAACUCAGACAUCAGAGAGUACAGACCCCAGCGCACAUGCUCUUGAGCCCUCAGUAUUGGCGAGGUCAGCAACAAGGGACUCGAAGCGGUGUAGUGCACGCAAGACACAUGCGAUCUCUCUGCGAGGUAGUGUCAACCGAGACCAACGAGAUCGAGAAGCAUCCAAAGAACAUUGUUCUCUUUAUGCCCUAUCUCCACUGGGAAACGGACCGUAGGAGGGAGACCAUUUCCAGGCUGAUCGAUGUUGAAUCCGACAAGUUCCGGCAAAAGCAGAGGAAAGAAAAGCAAGAGAAGAAGAAAACCCGACAGGAAAAGAGAGCGAAGCUCACCGAUCUCUCAAAGCUCGAUAAUCAGAGAAGGAACAUCAAACAUCCUAAAGAGGGUGCUGAAGAUCCCGAGAACCAAAAUAAGCUACUUCAAACCGUUGACCUGGCACUUCACCAACUCUUCAGGCGUCGCCGGGAAGUUCGACGCGGUGAGAGGCCUCAUAUCGAUGAUUCUGGUCGUCUGAGAGUUAUGAGCGCGCUUGGUCAGUAUCUUGUGGAUGCUGCUCGUCUUUAUGACGCGAUGUCAACGUUCAGGGACCAGAGAAUGCUGGAGAAGUAUCUUUUUCACGACCCUCCCCUCCACCCGCGUCGUACGCUGGAUCAGUCUUACUACUGGACACUAAGAACCACCAAAGCUCGAGAUAGGGAUCAGGUUAUCUAUCGAGAUACGAAGCUUGACUUUAUCCAUCAACUCCAGGAGGCAGAGAAGCCUAAGCACUCCUGGAUUAAGCGCCAUUGUUCUCCUCAACAAACUAUGAAUCCAGCCACAAGCAGCACCGUAUUAGUGACUGGGGGAGAGCUGAGUCAUGAGCCUGGAGAUCAAGAUGCAGCUCGGCGUGUCGAGGAUGAUGUUUCGCCGCCUAUGAGGUGGACUCAUCAUUCUGAAACAACUGAUGAGCACGGCUGUGACCAGUGCAAGAGCGACAUCAAGAAAGUCUCCCAGCUCAUCAUGGUUGAUCAACUAUGGAUGUGGGUUUUGGACGAGCACACAAUCAUUACCUCAUUUCCGCGGCGCUAUGGAAGCAACAAGUAUGACUUGUCAGGAGUACACCGGUCUAUACGGGCCCGUUUAAAGUCGUUCCGCAAGAACCAAGUGAGAUCGGUUUACGAUCUGGCGCUUAUUAUACUAGACGAAUGCUCCAACACUUUUUUCGAUCGGACCAGGGCUGAUGAGGGCCAACCGCAAGUGAUGGACAUCUUCUCUGGCGCUAUUGGGCGAGUGACAAAUUUACACACAAUAUCAUUCCAGCAUGUUUGGCACUGGACGCAAGAAGCCUCCAAGAUAUAUCGCGCCAGGUCCAAAUACGUCAACUCCUCUGAUCUACACGUGUCCUUACUCGACAUCAAUCCUGAAGGUAAACUGCAGCGCGAGGUUAAGGACAUCCUUGACGAGCUCGACAUUAUGCUGCACGUCCACAAGAGACAAAGAGACAUUAUGAAGCGAUACCGCAGACAUGUUGAGCAUAUUUUGGAUCCCAAGAACCGAUUGAGCGGCGACGGCUUUGUUGAAGAAGACACUUCGGAGCCCUCGCGCAAAUCGUCAGGUAACGCAAGUAUGAGAAGUGGUAGGAAUAGCACGAGCGAUGAGCAACUUGCAACCGAUGAGGAAGAGACCAGAAGGAGAGAACAACUUGGAUGGUUCCGGGUGCAAUACCAGGAACUACUUUCAGAAGUGAAUGACCGCAUUGACGAGCUUGAAGGACUGAGGGCAGGCGCCAAGAGUACAGCCGACAGUGUCAACGAUCUUCUUGCACUGAAACAACAACAGGCAAGUGUAGUGCAAGCCUGGGAGUCCGUCAGGCAAGCCGAGGAGGCCGUCACUCAGGGACGUGCUGUCAUGAUGUUCACGAUUGUCACUAUUGUGUUUCUGCCAUUGUCAUUCAUGUCGAGUAUCUUCGGCAUGAACAACUGGGAAUUCACUGAUAGCGGACCCAUGCACUUAGGAGAGCAGUUCAAGCUCAUGUUCUCCAUAUCGAUCGGUAUCAUCAUCGCGACGAUCGUGGUCGCAUUCAGUCCCCUGCUUCGUGCAACGGUCGUGUCCCUCACGAAAUACAUCUUCACAGUGGUUGUAGUCUAUUCCCAGCUGUACAGGUUCUGGAUAGCAUUCCACGACGAGUACGGGUCACAAUCCCUCAUGCGCAAGACCGAACUCAAAGUCCGGCACAUGAAGGAAGAGGUGCGAAAAGCCAAGCGAAAGAGAGCGGCUCGGAGGGCUGAACUGCUCAAUAAGCAGAACAGCCCAGACGAACAAGCUUCUGGCGUUGCCAACACGGCAUCGGUAACGUCAAAAUGGCGCUGGUUCAGCAGGCUCGUUGGGGCGGGAAACACUCCGACUCCGGAAAGUAAACCUUUCUCCAUAUCAGUGUGGUCCAGGGAUGGCAAACCUGAAGUUCGUGAGACCAACGGACGCAGCGAACAGAGUGUUACGAGGCCCCCAUCCACAGUAUCCAACGGUUCAACACAAGUGCACACAAUGGCCGGUGGUAAUACUCCAAUAUCACGAGGUGCUAGAACACCAGAACCGCCGCUGAUGGGUGGUAGAAGAGUGGAUGACGGAGACAUUGUGUGAACAAGCACAAUUUUGGGUCUUUUUGUUGAUUGGCAGUGAGAAAAAGAUUGCAAACCCAGCCCGCAGUAACAGUUAAUGAGGGAUUCCCUUUAUUCUCCUCGCCAAGUU